AUGUAUUCUAAAGUUUCUAUAGAAUCUUUCAAUAUACCUGAAGUUGAAUCAGUUGCAAGUUGCAAAGUUCCUGUCUCAAGUCAAUUUUCGAGCCAAAAAAGCAAAAAAAUUGAUAAAACUAUAAGGAAAAGAGAUCGAAUAAAAUCACUCAUCAGCUACUAUUUUUCUUCCAAUUCAAAAAAUGAAGAACUUAGGUCCGAGACUACAACGCUACUAGCUUCUAGCUCACCGAAUGAUAAGUCAAAUGCAUUCGAAGAAGUAACAUCUACUGCUACUGUAAUUGAGAGUGAAGUUGCAGCCGAAAAACCUGAGGAAAAAUAUGAGAAGACGAUUCAGAACUCAAAGAGAUAUACCCUUUUGAGAAAGUUAGGAUUAGUCAAACAGCACGAUACGAAUAAUGCUACUGAAAGUUCUAUGAGAUCUGGUGCCACCGAAAGUAAUAGUCUUAAUAUCACCAAAGGAUGCUACAAGCUCCCUAAGAAUGAGUUUGUUUACGACCCUAGGCUUUCUUUGAGGCUGAAAAUAAGAUCACGACUCGCAUUGAAACCAAAACCAAGCGAUAACGAUUUGGAAAACCCAUUGUUUGUAAUCCCAGCCGAUGUCGCUACUACAAUUACGGAGUGCUUGUUGGACGAGCGAUCUGUUAUAUCCAGUGAAAAGCGCUCCACAUUUGACUUGAACCUAGACAUUGAAGACCACAAUCAAGAUAGUUCCUUAAUCAGAAAUGACGGAAAGUGCGACCAAUACUCUCCAGUGUACCUGCAUUCGUUCAAGAUUUAUCCUCCGCCUCAAAAACUUCCCAAGGACCAACAUGCCAAAUGGGAGAGAAGACAAAUCUUCAAACAUGCUGCAACAAAUUUUGAUCAGGAAAAAUGGCGAGAGAGACAGCUUCUACUAGCAAAUCAGGAAAACUUUCACGCUUCGUCUAAUUUUUUACCAUUGAACAAAACUGAAAAUGAAUCCAAAAUAAAAGCUCCCAAAAUAAUUAAGGACUUGAACAAUAUUAGCCGAAGCAAUCAUAAAAAUACAGAAGCAAUUGAGUCUGCAUUCUCACCAGCUUUGAAGCUUGGUUCCGUUUCAAGCUUCUUCUUUCCUCUUAAGAGCACAGCCCUGAAUAAAAACUCUGCCAAUGAGUCUUCAAAGUCCCAUAAUUGCAGUUCGUUUUCCACAUCAUCUCUAACGAAAGAUGUAUAUUCUCUCAAUAGAACUACUUCUGCUUCACAAAGAUUAUCUUUCGCUGGCAGUGCAAUUUCGACGUCCACUAACAUCGGGGGAGAAAAUAAUUAUCGGAGGAGUCCAAGGGUAGACUUGCAAUACAAACAUAACAGGCUAGCUAAGACAAACUUUGCUGAUAUAUCAGACUUUAACUUUUAA